AUGAAAGACAAGCCUACAGCCCUGGAGCAAGAGUUGCCCCCAGGACUCGCUUUGGCCAAACCAUGGUGGAAAACCAAGCACCUCAUCCACCUAAACAGCCUAAUAGCAAGCCUAAUCCUCUUCUCCAGCACAUUCGGCUACGACAUCUCCCUAAUGAACAGCCUCCAAUCCCUACCCCAAUGGCAAACCUUCAUGAACCACCCAAAAGGAAUAAAACUCGGCUUCAUAAACGCCAUCCAAAGCAUAGGCAGCAUACUCUUCCUACCCAUCCAAGCAUGGUCCGCCAACCGCUUCGGCCGAAAACCCACAAUCCUUGCGGGGUACAUCUUCAUCGUCGUUGGCGUGGGUCUCCAAGCAGCCGCCCCAAACGCCAACUCAUUCAUCUACUCCCGUCUACUGGUAGGUAUCGCCAGCGCCUGGUUCCAGUGCGCUGUGAUCCUCGUCACGGAAAUCGCGUAUCCAUCGCAUCGCUCGCUCGUCACGGCCAUCUACAUGUGCCAGUACUAUGUUGGGUCCUCGCUGUCGGCGUGGGUUUCCUUCGGCAUGAGGAAUGUGCAGAGUAGCUGGUCGUGGCGUGUUCCUGUGCUUAUGCAGAUUGCGUUGCCGCUUCUUGCCUUGCCGGGGACGUUGUGUGUGCCGGAUUCACCGCGGUGGCUGAUUAGCUGUGGGCGACUUGAGGAAGCGAAGCAUAUUCUGGUUAGGUUCCAUGCUGGUGGGGAUGAGGGUUCGCGUUUGGUGGCUUCUGAGAUGGAGGAGAUUAGCCGAGGUCUGGCGGCGGAGCGGAAGGCUCGACGGGAGGCGCGCUGGAUUGAUUGUGUCAAGACUCGUGGGAAUCGGUACCGGCUUUUCUUGAGUGUUUCUUUGGGUGUUUUUGCUCAGUGGAAUGGAGGACCAGACACUCAUAAACGGUUUCCUCCAGCUCUGGAACCUGAUUAUGAGUGUGGUAGGGCAUGUCUUGUCGACCGCGCUGGCCGCCGUCCGCUCUUCAUCACAUCGACUGUGAUCAUGCUGAUCAGUUAUAUCUUCAUUACUGCUCUCUCCGCCAGCUUCACAACGACGGGUACUAGUGCCGUUGGAACAGCUGUGAUUCCGUUCUUGUUCAUCUAUUAUGCAGGCUACGACAUCGCUUUCACGCCACUGCUCCUGGCGUACCCGGCGGAGAUCUGGACGACCUCGCUGCGUGCUAAGGGCGUCGCUAUAUCCACGAUCUCGAAUUAUAUGGCACUAAUUUUCAACCAGCUUAUUAACCCUAUUGCGUUUGAAAGGAUUUCUUGGAAAUAUUAUUUUGUGUUUUUGGCCGUGCUGCUUGUUGUCUUGGUUGUUGUUUGGAAGACUUAUCCUGAAACUAGAGGCAGGUCGCUUGAAGACAUUGCUUUUAUUUUUGAUGGAGAAGACGCGCGUGUUACUGGUAUAGAUGCUAAUGUUACCGAGAAAAGAAGUACAGGGAAAAAUGAACCUCCAGAGUUUUGA